AUGAAUGUGGAACUUGUGAAAACCCAAAAAGAAGUUUCAACUAUAGCUGUUGCUCGAAAGAAAAAGAUCAAACAAAUCCCUGUGCAGAAAGCUUCAGAAAUUUCGCAGAGCAACAAGCCCAGUGGGAGUGACUCUAUCACUACUGACAAGAAACCCACGAGCUCGAAGCCUCCGCCACAUUCGAAACGAAAAGCUUCUCAAGUAGUCGUUUCAGAUGAUGAUGACAAAUCUCCACCUCGAACCAGACAAACCCAAAAGAAAAGGCAGAAGGCCGUCACUCCUUCAGGAAAAGAAAAGGGAUCUGGGUCCUCGAAACUUACUUCACCGGGUGAAAAGGAUGAUGUUGGCACAGACACUUCUGACCUCAAAGCCUUUACUCUCAGUAUGGAUCUUGAUAACCUCCAAGGUAAAUCUCAUGUGCUUUCACCAGUGGUCGAAGAUGCUCAGCCUCUUGCGACUAUCAUCCCUAGUACAGCAGUCGAAGAAAGCCAUUCAACUGAUGAUUCUCCUCCUACCCACAAGAGUGAAAAAGCAAAUCAACAAUGUUCAGGUAGCAACAAUGCAGCUGGUCAUCCAACUGGUAGUAAGGACACUUUAUCUAAACAAGAUGUUAUGGAAGAAACCUCCAAGCUAGCCACAGAAAUUGUUAAGCUUGAAGAAAAGAUAGAAGAGGAUGAAUCUCGUAAGGCAACAAUUCAACGGUCCAGUGAGCAGGAAUUAACUGAAAUUGCGCGUCUAGGAAUCCAGCAUUUCGAAGCUGCACAAAAACUAGUACCCGAAAUUGAAGAACUGAAGAAACAACGGGCCUUGAUUGAACUUCGCAUGUCUUCUUGGGAGGUUCAGUAUUCGAAGAUAAAAGAUACUCUUCCUAGAGAUUUUAAUUAG